AUGACCAAGUUGAAUCUGCUAGAUAUGCUCAUUCUUCUUGGUUGUUUGUCCUCAACUUGUCAAAGUAUGUUCAGCUCCACGGACAGCGGAACAGCUGUUGUGUGGCACGAGAAACUCAAGCGGAUCAAACGUUUCGGACAACGAAGUGUAGAUGCAGAUUUGACACGAUUGCACACGGCAUUGGGAAAAUACCAAGCCCCCGUAUCGCGAAAUGUUCAACCAUGGUUAAAUGUGGAUUUGCAGAACAAUUCAACAAUGCAACAUUAUCAUUUCCAGAUGAACUAUUCCUCUGCUCACGAAGAACUUGAUGGAAUGGAGUGGGAUACAAACCGGACGCUGUCCAACCAAACACGAUAUCUGACUCAAUCUGAUUCCGGUAUUGUUGAUCGUAGUCCGCUCGGGUCCGGAAAACAGGGUUCACUGCCGGAUAGUAGCUCGGAUCCGGUUACACAGACCAGUAUUACACACCAGAUGUUACCUACUCAUGGCUCACGUGUUGUAAAAUCAGUGCCACCGAUUGAUCUAUGGACCAUCAUUCAACUGACUCUAUGCAGCUUUACGCUGCUCGUACAUUUUGGAUGGUUUGGUUGGAUUGUGAUGGAUUUGAUACCUUGUGAUCAAUCGAUCGCGUGGAAACGAUUACGUGCAAUGAAGGAGACCACGUCUUCUCACACCACGGUAAACAGAGCAUUCCAUUCCAGCAACCGAAUCUAUAUACGAUUACAAAUACAUCUAAGCAUCAUCGGGACCGUUUUUGCUCUAUGUGCAAUUAGCGGUAAACUUGUUCGUUAUUCUGGAUACGCAACAACACAGUGGAUCAAACCCGACCAACGGGGUCGUGCAACUCACUCUCGAAUGACAGACGUAUGGAGUUGUGACAUUUCACGAACCGUAUCAUUACUCGUGAUGACCGUAUACUGGCUAAACGUGCUCUUGUCUUGUGUUCUAUCCACCAGAUACGUUCAUCGGAUCUCAGAUCGGACGAUUCCUGCCCCGUGCUGGACUAAAAGCCACACGGAAAAGUUUUUGUGUUAUGUUCACUUUGGAGCCUCAUGGAUGUACGCCGCAUUGUUGCACUUGUGCGGUUUCAUGUUCACACAUUUUCCCACCAACUGGACGGAUAAAUCAAUCGGGACGGAAUCGCGGGCAUUCCCCUUACGGUUGUUAUCCGUCGAUUGCCAGAUUACAUCACCACCACAUUCCGGUACGGGACUGUUCAAUCAUCUUUGUCGUUUCACUCUGUCCGAAUACGUGCUCAGUUUGAUUCUGUCCGUGCUGGGUGAUGUGAUCCCGGUUGUGGCUGUGAUCCCGUUUGCGAUCUACCUAAUCAAGCUCACCCGAUUUGUAAACAGUAAAUCAAACAGUUCUGUUUUCUGUGUAUCUAGAAUGAAACGUCCCGCGCGGAGGCGCACCACCUCGGAACAGACUUAUCCAUCCACGCAUGAUUUGUUAACCGCGUCUCAGAGCGGGACAAACCCGCAGACGCCAGGUAGUGAAGUGUCCAGUUCACGUCGGAAGGUGUUUCAUGCGUUCGCCAGUUUUGGUAUUUGGACCACUCUACUCGGAAUGGUGAUGUUCUCAAUGCAUUCCACCCGGAUAAGUUUGCACGCACAUCAUUUGCGAUCACUGAACUCCAAUUGUGCACACCAAACGUUUGAACAGGGCAAACUGAAUCACGCCUAUUCGGGUACAAAUCAAUUGAUCAAUAUACCAGCAAAAGAAGAAAGUGAACUUGAGAGAGAACAAUUGUGGCGGUGGUUGUUUCAAUUGAGUGAAAUCGUUGAGAUAAUCCUCAUAUGUCUUAUCCCUGCUGGAUUUAUCACUUUGACGCAAUCUUUGAAAAACUGGUUCUUCAUCUCGGCGACAGUGACAAACGCUCGGAGAGACGAUUCUUCGGACACUUCGGCCCCAGUUACUCCGAGCAGUUUCCCUUUGCGACCGACUGAAUCACAGAAAAACGAUGCAUUACCCAGCCAGUGUGUGAGUUCCACUGAAUUAUCCGUGGUAAACGGCGCCCACAUGAAUGAAUAUCCGUCAUUGGCGAGUACUAGCGUGGUGACGACUAUGGAGCCGUAUGAGUUGCUCAAUUUAGGACAAUUCACUCGAAGUGAAUUUGAACAUUUGUCCGCGAAGUCCACCCUGAGUGAUCAACAUAAAAGUCCAACACGGCCGGAUUUAUGCGCUCAUUUGUGUAAUGUAGCCAGUAGUUCUGAGGGUGAAACGACUGGUGCUGCUGCUGCUGCAUUGUUCUGUACUAAUGCUAAACCGAGUCUGGUUCCUAUCUCCGUGCAAGUGGUUAGUUUACAUACAUUCUGUUGUCAAGCCAGUCCAUGCUCAGAAACCCAGGCCGGUACAUCUGAAAUGCGACUGUCCGGGACACUCAGCUCCCCAACCGGCCCUCCUUCGUCGACCCCUGCACAGUCCGCUUCAAUCUUCCCCAUUGAUAAUUCCGGGACAUUGAGAAAAUCCCCACCCAGUGAUUGGGUUCCUACAGACAAUUCUAUUGGAGUUUUAUUGGUACCCAGUGAACCAGGAAGAUUGUACAACACACAACCCUGA